AUGGCGGGAUACCUAGGUAUCCAAUCGAAUAACCCACCAAAAAAGAAAAAACGAAGCAGGAAAGAACAGGAGAGAGUCAACAGCCAACCAAGCCAGCAAGCCAGCAAGGCCGGCGUGAUAUCCCGCCUAAUCGAUAAGAUAAGCCAGCCCUUGCCGGAACCGAUACCGGUACCCCUGCACUCCCUCAGUCAGUCAAGUCAGCCCUCAGUCCACCGCCCAGCCCCAAGCCGCCCCUCCCCCAUUCAGCUCUCCUCCUUCCUUCCCUUCUUCCUUCCUUCCUUCCUUCCUUCCUUUGGCGCCUUCGCCUUUCGCCUUUCGCCUCGCCUCGCCUCGCCUCGCCUCGCCUGGCCCUGCUCGGCGCGGGGUCCAAGUAUGACGUAG